GAUUCUCCGCAGAGGGGAUGACCCGGAAGUGAUUCCUCCGCCGCGUGGACUCGUCGCCGGGGGACUGUUGCCGCGGCAGCUGUGAUGACCAAGAUAAAGGCCGAUCCGGACGGGCCGGAGGCUCAGGCCGAGGCGUGCUGCGGGGAGCGCACUUACCACGAGCUGCUGGUGAACCUGAACCCCAUCGCGCAGCCCCUGGCUUCUCGCCGCCUCACGCGGAAGCUCUACAAAUGCAUCAAGAAAGCCGUGAAGCAGAAGCAGAUUCGACGCGGGGUGAAGGAGGUCCAGAAAUUUAUCAAUAAGGGCGAGAAAGGGAUCAUGGUUUUGGCAGGAGACACGCUGCCCAUUGAGGUGUACUGCCAUCUCCCGGUGAUGUGUGAGGACCGGAACUUGCCCUACGUCUAUAUCCCCUCUAAGACGGACCUGGGUGCAGCUGCCGGCUCCAAGCGCCCCACCUGCGUGAUAAUGGUGAAGCCGCACGAGGAAUACCAGGAGGCCUAUGACGAGUGCCUGGAGGAGGUGCGAGUGCUGCCCCCGCCCAUGUGAAGGACUUGGGGAGCAACCUGGGCACCUGCUCUGGAGGCUGUUGGGCUGGCAGCGGGCCACUUGGUGGCCCUUCUGCUGCCCACACUCACAGCAUCUCCCCAUCCCUGGAGGCACGUAUUCUUCCCCGGCAGCUCCAACAGCUCUUUCGCUUCUCCAUCAGUGCUGUUUCCUGUUGAGCCUCUGUGAAGACAGUUCCAAGAAUGUGGUGGGGGAAGUAAAUGCUAAGACUAAAAUGUGGUGAGUCUGUAGGUGUUUUUUUAAGCAGCAGCUGCUGGUGGGGCCAGGGAGUUGGAGGGCAGGAAGAAGUAGAAGCUGCCUCUCUCACCAGAGAACCCGAGGACUUUCAGGGUGUUCAGUGCUAAUGCUUGAGUGCUAGACUCAAGCUGAGAACAGACUCUUUGCUGCCCACCCCCAAGCUUUCAGCUUCCAGAGUCAGUAGGAGCUGCAGGGUAAGGCAGCCGAGCCCAGAGCGCACUGAAUGGAAGCCAGCAGCCCCUGUGUUGGGAACACCCCCAUUCCUCUUUUCUUCUUACCCAAGAGCCUUUAAUGUGACUGGGAAGCUUAUGGAAGCAAUUUACCCACCCACACAGGAGAUUUUAAAUAGGAAUAUGAAGCUAAAUACAAAACCCCAGGCCAUCUCUCCUGCUUGGCGUAACGGCCCUGGUAACCUAGUCCCUUUUACACUUUUACAAUUUUAGAAGGUGCCUUCUGCCUCAAAGGCCCAGCACAGGACUCGGUACACAUAGCAACCAAGCGUCAGGGACCCUGGAAUAAAUUGGAAAGAGCUUGGGCGUGAGGGUCAAACCUGGUUUAAACUCUAAGCUCUCUUCUCUAUAAGCUGUGAGCCCUGUUGUCCAAGUCAUUCAUCUUCCUCAGUCCCCUUACCCCGACUUCUAAUAUGGAGUAAUGAGAUUUGAUAUGUAUAUAUGUAAAAGCAGCUUGCCCAGGGUCUGACAUCUCCCAGCAUUCUCACCCAAUCAGACAUGCAGGUUGGGUUCUUUCUCACUGGGU